CGGCUGCCUGGGUUUUCUCACUUUGGUCUCAGGGAACCUUGGCAGGUCACGGCACGACCCGCGCUGGAGCCGGUGGGAAGGCAUGGGUUGGUCUCAGAAUUUGUUCCGUGUCUUGUGGAGAGCGCUGUCAAAGGAAGUGAAGGAGCAAGUGGGCACAGACCUGUUCGGGAACAAAUACUACUAUAUCCCAGAGUACAAGAACUGGAGAGGCUGCGGACGCGCAGGCCCAGGGGCCAUGGCUCACGGGCCCAGCCCCUCCGCGGCAUGCGGGAUCCUCCCGGACCGGGGCACGAAGCCGCGUCCCCUGCAUCGGCAGGCAGACUCCCAACCACUGCGCCACCAGGGAAGCCCCCUACUCAUGCUUUUACGACAAACUAUUCGAGAGAAAAGAAUUGUAGAAUCAGCAAAUAAAAGAGAAAUAGACUAUGAAGUAGGGGAUAUCCCAGCAGAAUGGGAAGCUUGGAUCAGAAAAACAAGAAAGACUCCACCUACUAUGGAGGAAAUAAUGAAGAAUGAAAAACAUAAAGAAGAAAUUAAAACCAAAGACUUUUAUGAAAAAGAAAAACUCCUCAGAGAAGAGAGCAGCAAGGAACACUUGGCUCCACCAGUUCAAACUCAGAUUAAAGGGCAUGCCUCCGCUCCGUACUUUGGAAAAGAAGAAUCCUCGGUGGCUCCCACCAGCACUGGUAAAACCUUUCAGCCAGGAUCCUGGAUGCCACAAGAUGGCAAGAGCCACAAUCAAUGAAUGCACUGUGGUAAAAUCAUUUCAUUUAUAUAUGUAUGUGACUAUUUUAACAAGUAAAAGUAAAAAGUUACUUCGUAUUUUCUGACUGUACAAUAGUUCUCUAUUCCAGUAAACUUAAGAACUUGUUUUUA